UUAUGUUUACUUUACAUUUGACAGCGUACACCGGUAAUGAAGCAUCCACCUUCCUACAAACAUUGAGACUUUAUGGUGGUGAUACAUGUGCUCAACUUCCCCGACAAGAACAGGGGCCAGCGACCGGUGGUUGAAAACCCAUCACUGCUGUUGGCGUAGUUGUUUUGUCACCUGGCGAGCGGCUGAGGAGAGGCGGGAUGAAAGCAUCUCGGAGUGACGUCUGCAUCGGCGGUGUGCUGAUGAGUGGGCAGGGAAUCGUGACAGCCGGUGUACCGCGAGGAGGAGAGAUAAAACACAAGGACGGAGAGAACGAGGAGUUCACAUUGCCGAUCUGAAAGCAUAGAAAUUGGUCCUCCUUUCAAGAAGCAGCCGUAGUUCAACCUACAGCUGCCAGCCGAGCGACCGUCAUGGGGAAGCAGAACAGCAAGCUCCGGCCCGAGGUGAUGCAGGACCUGCUGGAGAGCACGGACUUCACCGAGCACGAGAUCCAGGAGUGGUACAAGGGCUUCCUGCGGGACUGCCCCAGCGGCAAUCUGUCCAUGGAGGAGUUCAAGAAGAUCUACGGCAACUUCUUCCCGUACGGCGACGCCUCCAAGUUCGCCGAGCACGUGUUCCGCACCUUCGAUGCCAACGGCGACGGCACGAUAGACUUCCGGGAGUUCAUCAUAGCGCUGAGCGUGACGUCGCGCGGCAAGCUGGAGCAGAAGCUCAAGUGGGCGUUCAGCAUGUACGACCUGGACGGGAACGGGUACAUCAGCAAGGCGGAGAUGCUGGAGAUCGUGCAGGCCAUUUAUAAAAUGGUUUCGUCCGUCAUGAAGAUGCCUGACGACGAGUCGACGCCAGAGAAGCGAACGGAGAAGAUCUUUCGGCAGAUGGACACCAACAGAGAUGGCAAGCUGUCCCUGGAGGAGUUCAUCAAGGGAGCCAAGAGCGACCCCUCCAUCGUCCGUCUGCUGCAGUGUGACCCCAGCAGCGCUGGACAGUUCUAGACCGUGCCUGUCCACUCUUUAUUGCGUGUAUGGGGACCCCUUCUCCCUCCACCCUACGAGGAAGACGGACGGCGAGGAAUAUUUACAAAACAAACACACAGAACAAGGUGAUGAUGAGGAAGAGCGGCCUUCAAACACCUGCCGGGGACGACGAAGAGAGGGGCCGGAGGGGGCCUGGCCUUCACAGCUUCACCCGGUCCCCGGCCCGUUGUCCCACAGAACACCGUCUGGACCCGUCGGCCCGAGGCAGCACCCCAACGCCCGCCUCAGUGCCCGGUCGACGAGGAUAUCCUCUGUUGUUUUCAAUAGGCAUGUCAUACGGUUUGUGUUGUUUAUAUAUAUAUUUAUAUAUAUUUGGACUCUGUAUCGGUGUUCCUUAGUGCCCCGUACGGCCCCCUGGAGGGUCAGCCCACCAACUGUGUAUGAUGGACGGAACCUGUGUGUGAUAGACACUCUGUUUGUGAUGGACAGUCUGUGUGUGAUGGACAGCCUGUGUGGGAUGGACAGUCUGUUUGUGAUAGACAGUCUGUUUGUGAUAGACAGUCUGUUUGUGAUAGACAGUCUGUUUGUGAUAGACAGUCUGUGUGUGAUAGACUGUGCAUGAAAAAGAAAGGGAAUGAAAGAAAGAGGAUGAUAUUUUCAGAUAAAGUUGGUAAAGUGAAGUUGGUUAUCUUGAGGCAAGGGGUUAUACUGUAGUGGAUAUUAUUUCAUCUGGAGAGAAGACUUCAGAUUUUUGUCUUUCAGAGAAAAGAAUAGAGACUUGCGUUUUAGCUGUUUUGGUUUUUUUUUAUACUGUGAGAAUGGAUGUGUUUUUGUGUUUUUUAAAUUCAUUGUCAAUACAUUUCCUCCUCCGUGUGUGAUGUCACGUCAUGAGGAGAGUGUGGUCCUAUGCACGUCGGUCUCCACUAACGCCUGUGAGGUAGAACAAGCAUCACAGAGGAUCAGAUGUAUUCCACUAUUUUUUCAUCCUGGAUUUUUGAUGUCAUUGAGAUAUUUUACAGUUUAAGUUGCUACAAUAUGUCAUACAUAAAAGAAAAGAAAGCCUGAAAUGGUUGUUUAUUCCAGUCAUAGCUGGUUAUGACUGUAGUGUAGACUGAACUACGCCUACAUUUGUAAAGCUAAAAACACUUAACACGGUUCCAGUAUAUCAAAAGUGCAGUUUAGAAUUUGUUUUUAUGAAAUGUGUUUUCGUAUAUCAAGCAUGCCAAUUAUUUCUCUCUUUGACAUUCAUCGUGUAAAGAACAAAACCACUCUUCUUUACGUUCUGUGUAAGACAUUUGAAAUGCUGCAUGUUGAAACCAUGGACUCCACACGUUUUUCUUCAGUCAAUUAACGGGUGUGGAGAACUAAGUCAGACUGUGUUUGUAUGGGGGCCUUUGCCUGCGCUGUCUGUGUGUGUGUGUGUGUGUGUGUGUGUGUGUGUGUGUGUGUGUGUGUGUGUGUGUGUGUGUGUGUGUGUGUGUGUGUGUGUGUGUGUGUGUGUGUGUGUGUGUGUGCGUGCUUAUCAGUGGCCACCGCUUGAUGGCUCAGCCUGCCUGCGUGUACGGGCGUCUGUACAUCAACAUCACCUGCGUGUUACUCUCUCGCCAAAACUAGCGACUGACGGUUGCAUUUACAAUACUUCACCACACAACACCACUGAAUAGCUUUAAAAUGAGAAAAGCACAUCUAGUACUACAAUGUGUACACACUGAUGACACAAGCACAUGUCAACGUGUACAUCUUAAAAUAGACGGGGGGUAUGUUAUGGUUUUUACAUGCGUGGUGUUAAAUAUCUGAGUCGUGGUCCAUCCUAUAUCUCCCCAUCGUCCCUCUCCUCACUGUAGGUGAUUUAGCCAUAACCUGCCCUCCUCCACAAGCACAACUACGACUCUGCCUUCCCGUGACUUGCUCUGUGCACUUAACCGUCCCAAAUGAAUACACCAGAUCGUUUGGGCGUAGUAUUACGUACAUUCAUUCAGCAGGAGUCAAAACAUAUUGUGUGUCCUCGUAGCCCAUAGUACUGUGGUUUCUAAUGCCUACGACUAGUUGCUGUUGUUAAGCUAAGUCACUCAAUCUCCCCUUUGGUCUAUUUCACUAGUCAUGCUAAAACACGGUCUUCUAUGAAAGGAACAAAAUAAAGUCUCUCCCCGAAUGAAAGCAACCCAGGAUCUCUUGACUAUGACUGGGCACGUCAUACCUGAGCGGAUACCAGUUUGUUUUAGUCCUUUAAAAUGCUGUUUAUUAACUGCUGUUUUGUAAUGACAAAAAAAAAAAAACGUUUGUUGACACAACGAAGGAUUACAACUACUGUAACAAUAUUGUCGGACAGCAAUGCUUUCAUUGUUUUUGUUUUCUACCUUUAAAGCGUCCGGUGUAACAUUACUGUUAAACACAAUAGAAUCUUGUGGUCAAGUGCCAAACGAUGAUAAAAUCGGUAUUGUAUAAAUUUAUACUGUAAAAUUGUUAUGUUGAACAAAAUGUUUGUAAUUGUUGCAUUUUGUAGGUUUUGUAUAGUAUCUUGUAUGUAGUGAUUGUAGUUUUUUAACACAAAUGUUAGUUUUUUUUGUCAACUUUAAAGGGCAAGGAAUAAAUCUGCAACUUUUGUGCGCUA